AUGAGCCCUUUAAUGUGUUAUUCGUCGAUCGUAACGAUUGUGAUGCUUCUUCAUGGCACGGCCAUUCCGGGAGCUAGCGGGAGGUACGCCUACAACGAUCCGGAAGAAAACGUGCUCGACGUGAAAUAUCUGGAUGCGCUGGAAACGCUCAAGGAGGCAAACUCGGGGGCGCACAUCCACUCGAGCGUGUCGGAAAAAACGAGAACGAUUCCGGUUCCGGUAUUCCAAAAAGUGGGAGUACCCGUCCCCCACCCGGUCCCGAUUGCAGUGCCACACUACAUAAAAGUGUACAUUCCGCAACCAUAUCCUCUGCAGGUGAACGUGGAACAACCGAUCAAGAUUCCGAUCUACAAAGUGAUCCCGAAGGUGAUCGAAAAACCGGUCCCAUAUACCGUCGAGAAACCUUACCCGAUCGAGGUAGAAAAACCGUUUCCGGUCGAGGUGCUAAGGAAGUUCGAGGUGCCGGUCCCUAAACCAUUUGCGGUCCCGGUUACCGUUUACAAGCACAUCAUGCAGAACGAAAAAACACACCGCAACUGGCAUUUCUGA